CAUUGAUCUCUCUGCGUCUCAGUAGGUCGCCUUGGGUUGCAUGAUACCCGCGUGCCUGAAACACGACUUCUUGUUACACUACGAAUUUAGGGCCUGGGAUCUUAGGUGAGCCCACGGACGAAGUCGCACUCAGCGACACCCAUAUAUCUCUAGCUCGAGACGCCAUGCUGUCUUGCUUUCAAGAAUUAACAAAACAAGAGACGAGGAGAAAUGGCUAAUUCAAAAUACGAAUAUGUGCGCUUUUUCGAGCAGCCAGAUACUCUCCUGGCCAAUACCUGGAUUGUGGUGAGAAUCGACGGGCGCGGCUUCUCCAAACUUACCACAAAGUACAAGUUUGUCAAACCCAACGACAAGGAUGCCUUGGAUCUUAUGAACGCCGCAGCCGAGGCUGUCAUGAGGGAGUUGCCAGACCUAGUACUCGCGUAUGGUAAUAGCGAUGAAUAUAGCUUUGUUUUCCAUAAGGAUUGCGUUCUCUUCGAGCGUCGAGCGAGCAAGCUGACGACGACGAUUGUUUCAACCUUCACAUCAUACUAUGUUUUCCUCUGGGCUAAAUACUUUCCCGACAAGCCGCUCACGCCUCCCCUUCCUUCUUUCGACGGACGAGCAGUGUGCUAUCCAAGCGAUACGAACCUGAGAGAUUACAUGAGCUGGCGACAAGCUGACUGCCACAUAAACAACCUUUACAACACAACGUUCUGGACUCUCGUUCAGCAGGGUGGCAUGGGAGCUCGAGAAGCCGAGCAAAGACUGUCCGGGAGUGUAUCAGCUGACAAACACGAGAUCCUGUUCAAGGAGUUUGGGAUUAAUUACAACAACGAGUUGGAGUGUUUCAAGAAGGGAACAGUGCUAUACCGCGAUUUCUAUCAACCUGCCCAACCAUCAUCGGUACCGGCUCAGGUACAAAGUUCGUCAACACCUUUGGCACAACCACAGCCCAGGCGAGUACCUGCCAAGUCAUUUUCGAAACCGUUUGAGCAGAACGAACUGGACGCUCGGGAAAAGCUGGGGUUACCUCUCUCUCCAGAUCAACGCUCAACAUUUCUGUCGACAACAUCGACUCCAUCACCACCACCAUCCCCAACCACGAUGUUACCAAACCCUCUUCAAUCGCACCCGGUCAGCCCGCAAUACAGCACAUGGCCCCCAUCAUCCAUGCCCCUCUCCCCCCCAUCAACAAUCACUUCACCGAGCAGCAAGCAUUUCGCCCGCUCAUUCACACCGCUCGCGCUCUCCCCACCCAUCCUAAAACCAAGCAACCACCCCCCCUUCUCCCUCAACGCCCCAAACCCAACAACACGCGACAACUUCUCCCCAGCAUUCUCCACCUUCCCCUCCUUCCCCAUCCCAAACCACGCCUCCCCCACAGACCGCCACACAUCCUCCCACUCAACAUCCGCCUCGGUCCCCACAUUCCCUCAGCGCUCACCCAGCCUCUCCACCCUCCCAGCAACAUACUUCGCCCCCGCCAUCCCCCUCCGCACAUCCAGCGUUCCCGCCGACGCGCCCCCGCGCAAACUCUCCCUGCAGUACAAUCGUCCGGCCCCGCUGCCGUCCCCGUACGAAGAAAAAGAAGUAUCAACCCCCCCAACGCAGUACCCCGGCGCGGCGCCAUCGUCUUCGUCGCACCGCAAACAAAGCCCCCCGCUACGCACCAAUAAAGCGCUACCCAGCCCGCCAAUGAGCAGAGCAGAAGAAGUGCGCACGCGCGAGAAAGUCAUCGACGGCGAGAUCCUGGGGUGGCGCCGCAUCGGCGACCGCGAUAAGACGCCCAGUCAGAGGGGGAUCCGGAGUGAUCAUGCGGUGGUGGCGGAGCUGCCGGCUAGUGCUUCGCCGCGGCCGCGCGCGCAUGCUAGACUGCAUUCUGCGCCUGUUUCGGCGACGUGGCCUGCGCAUCACACCGGCACGACCGACGGUGGAGAUGCAGACAGAUAUGGGCAUGGAGAUGUGGACGGAGAAGCGGAUGCAGAUGCAGAUGGUCUACCUGCGCUUCUGGGGAAGGGUAGUCCGCUGUCGCAGUCGCUGUCGCAGUCGCAGUCUCUGUCACGCUCGAGAUCGAAGGGGAAGGCCAUUGCUCACGUCUCGAGUGCAGAGACCCAGACUCAAACUGGUAAACAGAGCGCAAAAGAUAAACCCAAAUCCAAACAACCCACAUCGACACACACGACAACGACCGAUCGACCGCCACAGCAGCAGCAGAGCCGCACGCAGCGCGAAAAAGAGCGCAAGAAGCGGCAUCGCGCGGCUAUCCUGACGGAGCACGUCGAUCUGAUUCGCGAUGAGUUUUGGACUAAGAGACCGUGGAUCAUGAGUGGGCGGGUGGGGUGAUGAAAUGUGUUAUUGUGUAGAAAUUGG